CCCUAUCCCCUUUUUUUUUUUUUUUUUUUUUCUUCUUCUUUCCUCCACCCGAAACACUGGAAAUCCACAAGCGGCCGGAUAGCGGCGAAGGGCCGGCGAAGAAGCUGGGGCUGGUACCGCUGCUGCCGGACUCUCCGGGAGUCAUAUCGGCCACCACCACCACCACAGACAAGCACAGCCGUGGGGAUCUACCGACGAGUAUGGACGGGCUGGCCGUGGAAGUCCGCGGCUCGAACGGGGCCUUCUACAAGGGUUAUAUCAAAGAUGUCCACGAAGACUCGCUCACAAUCGUAUUCGAAAACAACUGGCAGCCAGAGAGACAGUUGCCCUUCAGCGACGUGCGGUUGCCUCCUCCGGCCGACUACAACAAGGAUAUCGGUGAAGGAGAGGAGGUGGAGGUUUACUCCAGGGCCAACGAACAGGAGCCAUGUGGCUGGUGGCUGGCACGGGUCAGGAUGAUGAAGGGGGAGUUCUACGUCAUUGAAUACGCGGCGUGCGACGCCACGUACAACGAGAUCGUCACAGCGGAGCGCAUCAGGCCUCUCAACCCCAACAGCCCUUCAUCUCGAAACUCCUUCCACAAAGUCCCCAUCGCUGUCCCCGAAGACCUGAGGGACAUCUGCGCAAACGACAACAUCCACAAAGACUUCAGGAAAGCUAUCGGCGCCAACUGCAUCUUCUACAGUGCCCAGACGCACGAACUCAUCGUGCUGUCUACAAAUGAAACCACAGUAAAACGUGCAACUCUUCUGAGUGACAUGCACUUCCGCAGCAUCCGUACCAAGCUCAUGCUAAUGUCCCGCAACGAAGAAGCCACCAAACAUUUGGAGACGAGCAAGCAGCUAGCGUCAGCGUACCAGGAAGAGGUGAGGGUCAGGGAGGACCUGAUGGGUCUCGCCAUCGGCUCCCACGGCGCCAACAUCCAGCAGGCGAGGAAGGUUCCCGGCGUUACCGCCAUCGAGCUGGAGGAGGAAAGCUGCACGUUUAGGAUCUACGGAGAGACCCCAGAGGCUGUGAAGCAAGCCAGAGAGUAUCUCGAGUUCAAAGAAGACUACUUUCAGGUACCCAGGAAUCUUGUAGGAAAAGUCAUCGGCAAAAGCGGCAAAGUCAUCCAGGAGAUCGUGGACAAGUCGGGCGUGGUUCGCGUCAGGAUCGAGGGGGACAACGACAAAAAGCUUCCCCGGGAGGAGGUAGGCAGGCAGGGGGCUGGCAGGGACGACACUGCCAACGGCAAAGAGGGGAUGGUUCCCUUCGUUUUCGUGGGAACUAAGGAGAACAUCAGCAACGCGCAGGCUCUGUUGGAGUACCAUGUGUCUUAUCUACAGGAGGUGGAGCAGCUGCGCCUCGAGCGCCUCCAGAUCGACGAGCAGCUCCGUCAGAUCGGGGUCGGGUACCGCGCGCCCCCCAGCCGAACCGGGGGCCCCGGCGUCGAGCGGGAGAAGGGCUACCUGACGGACGAGAGCAGCAGCAACUCGCUCCACAAUUCUCGCACCUACGGGGGCCGGGGCCGAGGACGCAGGGCCUCCAACAGCCAGUACUCUGGAUACGGCACGAACUCAGAACUGUCCAACGCCUCCGAGUCGGAGGACGUGAACGAGCGAGACCAGAGGCCCCGCGGCCUGGGCAGCGACGAGAGGGGCUCCAGGCGGGGCGGCCGGGGCCGGGGCGCCAACUCCGGACGGGGCCGUGGAGGACCAGGGGCCAAGCCUUCCAACUCCAUCAGCUCAGUGCUGAGGGACCCGGACAUUAACCCGUACUCUCUGCUGGAGGGUGAGGGGGAGCUGGCUGAAACCGACCUGGGCGAGGGCGCGGGGGGAGAUCGCCGCAGACGAUCCCGGCGCCGCCGCAACGACCAGGAGCCCAGCGUGAUGGACGCCGCCGCCGAGUCGGACAGCCAGGCGGGCCCCAGCGAGAACGGCCUGGACGAAGAGGCCCGACCUCAGCGCCGCAACCGAAGCCGCCGCCGCCGUAACCGCGGCAACCGCCCCGAGGGAGGCUCGGCCAGCCGCGACAGGCAGCCAGGUGAAAGUGUGACCGUUGCUGACUACAUAUCCCGCGCUGACUCCCAGAGCAGACAGAAUUUACCCCAGAAGGAAAACCACGCUGGCCCUGAGCCCAAGGAGAACGGCACCAGUGCCAAAAAGGACGAGCGAACGCCCUCCAAGCGUUCCCCCAGCAACGGCAUGACCUCCGCCGGCGAGACCCUGACCCUGGUCAACGGGGUCUCGUAAAGAGACGUCCCACCGCCCCCGCGCGAAAAACCCAAGUCUAGAGCAAGACUCCAUGGCAAACUCUGUCCCUGCUUGCAUUAACUUAAAACCUUAAACAAGAUGAGUGAAAAAGUACCUGACAAAAAUACCUGAAUUCAUACUACGAGAGUGAAAACGUACAAAAAAACGACAAACGCAUCUACUUAAAAACACACGUUAACGGUGUAUGCUAUCCUAUCUAUCAGUACUUAGUGCUUAUUUAAAAAGAGAAAACACACACAAAAAAAAAAAAAAAACAGAAAACAACUAGCUUGCCAAAAAAGAGCUGGUGGAUAUGACUUGAUUUUUAAGAAUACUGAAACACGAGAAACAGGACGAGACUUUCUUUUUUUGUUCUUUUGGAAACGGUUGUCUUUAUUUGUGUCUUUUCUUUUUUGUUUUUCUUUUGGUUCGUUGUUGUUUUGUUAACGUUAUUUUUGUUCAUUGUUUAUCACUGGUUUGGACUCGGUGCGGUCGCUCGCUCUCUCGAACCCAAAAAAAAAAAAAAACGUCUCUGAACGGCGUCGCGGACGAACGGACGGACGGACGGACAGACAGGAGAGAUGUGAGCUGUAGGGGGAGUGCGGCGUUAUGAGCAGACGGUCCAAUAGCUUAUGUGACGCUAUGUUCGCACACUGAACCCGGGCGCGGAGACGGACGGACGGACGGACAGACGGACGGACGGACAGAUUGGGAUACUGAUAGACAUUGUGCCUUGAAUUUGGAAAAAAAAGAAUAAAACUUAAAAAAAAAAAAACAAAAAAAAAACUUUUUAGUUUUUCCAUGAAGUUUGUUUUUGUGUCCAGAGAGGAAGAAAAAAAGAGGGAGUUCUUCCAGGUUGUUUUAUUAUUAUUGUUAUUAUAAUUAUUAUUGUUAUUUUCGGGUUGGAAGGCAAAGAACAGACCUUUUUGAGGGAGUGAUGUAGAAACAGAGUGAGGGAAGAAAAAAAAAAGUCUGGUGCCAAACACACACACACACACAAAAAAAAAAAGAAAAAAGAUUCAAGGCGCUUGUCCUCAUUCCGCGUUAGGAUGGAUGUGUAGAGGUGGAGGUGGAGGAGGUGUAUGUGUGCGUUUUUUGUGUGUGCACGACGGUCGACUUAUUUUGGCAACCCGCAAAAAAAAAAAAAAAACUGUGGGGGUAAGAAGGAAAAACCUGGGCGGGUCACAUGGUGUGAGGCAUCCCUGAGGUCGCUUAGAGGAGGAGGAGGAGGAGGGAGGAAGGAGGGAGGUGGUCACAUGACGUGCGGCCUCGUCCUCUCGCCUGCGUUAGGCCCGUGCAGCCUCGUAAAAACAGGACGGACUGAGACGAGACGGUCCACACUUGAACUCUAGAUUUCGACUUAAAUGAGAACUACAACCGUGCCUCUUUUCUGAAAGGAGGGAGGAGGGGGGAGGAAGGGGGGAGGAGGAGGAGGAGGAGGAGGAGGAGGGGGCGGUGCUAGCUUCCAGCCACACUAGUGUCUUGAUUAAAAAAAAAAAAAACCACUGCAGCAGCUCCAGAUGCACACGAGGGCGACGACCACCUUUUCUGGGGCUGGGGGGGAGGUGGGCGGGGCAGAGGGGCAGGGGGGCGGGGCCUGGAGGCUGCAGACUGUGGGAUUGGGACAGCUUCAAAUGACAUGAGAGCCACAUGACACAACAGGUACACAACACACACGCCAAGUCGACAAAGAGGAAACUAAAUAAGACACAAAAAAACAAAAACAAGGUGUCUGUCUUGUACCUGGCGCAGUUUAGGAAGAAACAAGAAAGAAAGAAAAACCUCAGUGGCUCUCUGCUCAUGUUGUUACUGUUGUCUUGGUUACCGCUCUCAAAUAUUAUUAUUUUUUUUUUUUUUUUUUUUUGUUGCUAUUUCCACAUCUUAGAAAAAAAAAUAUGAAAUAAAAAACUGAAGUGAAAUCAACCUCUUCUGUGGAGACGAACUUUGAUUUCUCUUGUCUUGUGAGUUUGCAGUCUAUUUUUCUAACGUGCAUGGCCGUUUAGUUACCGAGCCGUCGCUGGUUGGUUGGUGGUUGGUUGGUUGGUUGGUUGGUGCCUGUCCUGUGCAUGAGGAAAAACAAAAAAACACAAACAAAAAAACAAAAUAAUCUGACAAAUCGACAAAGCCAUUGUUCCGUUCACUAGAAUUGCUGCUAACGUACACGUUGAAUGUCCGACUGAUGUAGAAACUCGACCACGAAACAGAAGAAAAUCCUUUAUUCUGUGACUGAAGCGACAUUUUUUCCCCCCCCCCGGGAAAGUCUCACAAAGUAUUAAAAAAAAAAAAAAGGGCAAACAUUGUGCAUGACAAGCGAGCGUCCACAUGACCAAAGGUUUCGAGAGACAGACGGACGGACGGACAGACGGACGAAUAGACGGACGGACAGACGGGUGGUUGAGACGACCCAGAUGCUGCUGCUGUUAAACAUUUCUUGCUCACCUGUACGUUGUUGUUUUUAAACGCGUGGACGAGCACUUGGAGUAUUUGUACCUCGGUUCAGUUGCAUGUGUGCGAGUUGGGGGGGGGGGGGAGAAAAACAAAACAAAAAAAAAAAAGAAGAAGCCCUGUGUGGUAUGUUUGUGUUUACCUUUAUACCUCAUUGUGUGAGUACUGUAUUUUCCCCCCUAUGUAUCUUGUAACCCCCCCCCAUCCCGUCCCACGCCGCCCCCCCUCCCUCCCUCCUUCGUCACCGUCCCGUUUGAAAGACUGCUGCUGUGUGUGUUUGUUUGUUGUGUGUCUGUGGAUGCUGGUUGUACAGUCGACUCCUCACUCUUGUCAGAUUUUGUCUCUGGUUUUCUCACUCAUGUUCUGAUGGCAAUAAAGGACUUUUCAUUGUUUGGUAAAA